UUUACAUAUAAACAACUCAAUAAUAUCUCAUCCAAAAUAUCCAUUUUUUGUCUCCACCUUCUUCCUCCUAUUAAUUCGCUUCAUCACUUUGCUUCUUUCUUCGUCGCUCCAUAUUCAACCAUGGAGCAAAGUAUCAUGAAUCGAGACCCGGAACUGGAAGCCAGUUUCUCUUUCAGUGGUCAAAAUUUUAGCCCCGCCAUGGCUGGCUCCGGUGAUGAGGAGGAUGAUGACGAUGACCAGUACAUCGAGAUAGCUCUUGAAAGACCUGUUAAUGGAGAUAAUCCUGAUGCUGGGUCUAAUCAGUCGGAGCUCCGUUUAUCGUUUUCGUCUUCUUCCAUUCCUUUUCUUCGACUACCCAACUGCGGUUUGGCUUGUGCUAAUACUGUCACUGACUUCUCCGACGCCGUGACGACUCGUUUAUCGACGUCGUCAUCGGCAACAUCCGCCUCGAGUUUGAGCCUUUCUUCGGCGGACGGGCGACGGAGGACGAGAGAACCAAAUGUCAAAGCUCAAAAGACUAUCAAAAGGAGGCUAUUGAAUUCAUUGCUGUCAAAUCAGGAAGCUUCAUCUGAGAUGGUCAACAAGACCAGGAAAGGAACGACAAAUGACGGUGGAGCCCUGAUGAAAUUUUUGAUCAAGUGUCGAUCUAUGAACAUUCAAGCAAUAUUAGCAUCUUUCAUGAAGCCAUACCAGUUCAUUUAUUCUUCUCAUCAUAGUAAUACUAGUAGUAGCAGUGGAAAGAAGACGAAGAUGAACAGAGCGAGUCAAAGUUUGAAGAAGCCAUUUGAUAUGAAUUUGGAUGCGAUGAGAGGAGUUUUAGAGGCAAUGAGUUCAAGGCUUAGUAGUAAAGAUAGAAAAACAAAGAACUCUCCAAGCGCGACAAAAUCCUCCAUACAACAAGGAUGUCAAGUUGAGAAUAACUCCAUUCAAGCCGCCAUUGCUCACUGUAAGAGAUCAUUUGGCCAAGAAUAAACCUAUGGAGGCAACAAGAAACUACUUGAUAGAUAGACAAGAAGAGAGGGGGUAAAAAAAAACAAGACCCUUAAACUUGAUAGACAACAAGUUGUUGGGAAAGACUGAAAUUUGUUAAAAGGAAAUUCUUGCUUAACGAAACGAAGGUGAUUGGAGGAGGAAAUGAUUCUUGUACACAAAAUGGCGUUGAGAAAUUUGUAGGCACGAACUUAAAAUGCCGAAGAAUUGCCUUCACGGUCAAGACCUGUGGGAACUUUUUGUGAGUGUUAAUUCAACAAUUCAAGAUGAUACUUUUGUGCACUGUAGUUAAAUCGUAUAUCAUAUUGUAUAUCAAGA